CAUCGCCAAGAGCCUGCCAUUUUGUAAAAUAGAAGGGAGAUAAAAAAUAGUUUUAUGGUGUUAAAAUUUUACAGAAACUCUGUCGCCGUUUGUAUUAAGGCCAAAAACAAAUGUAUAAAUGGACGCAUCGUCCAUUAUAACUCAGGUGUCACGGGAUGACGAACAAUUAAACAAUUAUGGACCCGAUAGAGGUUCAUCCCCUGGUGUGCAGCAUAAUGAGGGUGACGGCACCCCAGUUUCGGGGUCGACCCCUUUGGGUGGGAAGAAAUCUAGCGGGACCGGCGGCUUCUUGCGAUCGUUGCUGUGCUGUUGGCGCGGUGGCCGAGGCAAGGGACCUCCCGGAGGCAAUGGCACCAAUAGUAUCGACGGCAGGGCUUCUCCGCCCUUGCUGGUCAUGUCUGAACAUGCCCCCAGACCUCUGUUACCGCCAGUGAGACACCAGGACAUGCAUAAAAAGUGUAUGGUUAUUGAUUUGGAUGAAACAUUAGUGCACAGCUCAUUCAAGCCUAUAAACAAUGCAGAUUUCGUGGUGCCUGUAGAAAUCGACGGUGCGGUCCAUCAAGUUUACGUUCUGAAGAGGCCGCAUGUCGACGAGUUCCUGCGGCGGUGUGGCGAGCUUUACGAGUGCGUUUUGUUCACCGCGUCAUUGGCGAAGUACGCCGAUCCUGUCGCCGAUCUACUGGACCGAUGGGGCGUAUUCCGCGCGCGGCUGUUCCGCGACAGCUGCGUGUUCCACCGCGGCAACUACGUCAAGGACCUGAACAGCCUCGGGCGGGACCUGCGGCGGGUCGUCAUCGUCGACAACUCGCCCGCUUCUUACAUAUUCCACCCGGAUAAUGCUGUGCCUGUCGCGUCCUGGUUCGACGACAUGACAGAUUCUGAGCUGCUCGACCUGAUCCCGUUCUUCGAGAAGCUGAGCAAAGUGGAGAGCGUGUACACUGUCUUGCGCAACUCGAACCACCCGUACAACCCGACGCAGAACAACUCGCCGAGCACAUAGCCGCGGCCUCCGCGCGGUCGCGUCGCCGCCCUCCUCCUCGCCCUCGACGCCGCGAAGCGGGGAGCGAACUACGUCUUAAGUGCCAAUUUUGCCUUCUGGAUAGUGAGGACGUUAUUCGUACCUAUAUUACGUAUUAGGUAUUUUUUAGAUCGUAAGCGUUCUAUAUGAUGGAUGUGUGAUGUUGUUUUGUCGUAUUGUUUUUUUUUUUUUACGUAUCGAUAGUUUUUCACGGUACAUCCCUAUAUUGAUGUUGGUUUUUUCUGUUUGUUUUGUUUAACCGCAGUGUAGUUUGCUCGGGAUCAAAUACGAAGUAAGUUAGGAUAUGAGCAAACCGUACGACCCAAAUACUCUUUUGUUUUUUUUUAUGUAUCGAUAACGGUCCGUCCUGUAUGCAAUCGAUUUAGAUUAUAACUGAUCGGAAAAUCGCCUCGAGCAUUGAGCUGUUUAAAAUAUUAAGGCUUAGCUAUCUAUCUGCUUGUCGAGGCUCUUGAAAGCUGGACGGUCAUCAGAAAAUGCGACUCGUAUUUUUUUUAUUUCAUUGCGGUUUUUUUUAAUUAACAAUAUUCGACAAUAAUCGAUAAUAUGAUUUGUUUUUUUUUAUUGUAUAGAAGUGAGUUAUCGAAUUGUAACUCUCGACACCGCCGUUUUAUUUCGAACGAAACGAUAAAAGCUAUCACGAAUUCUAAAUAUGAAACGACUGUUAUUGUACACUAAUAUCGAACAAUAGCGAAAACAAAACGUGUAAAUAUUUUAAUUAAGGAAUGUACGGAAGCCGACAAAUCAUGGUAUAGAUUUUAAAAUACCGUUUUUAAAUAAUAUAUUAUUGUGUAAAUAGAUUUUACAAUUCGUUGUUUAAGCGAAAAUCGAUACAGCACUUAAUGUGGGAAUAGAGUAGGGCUCGCUUUUAUCGAUAAUGUUACAUGGUUUUUUUUCCACAAAUCUACCAAUUAAUUAGUAGUGAUAUUAUGAGUAAUUCUGUUCGCUUACAAUAAAUCAAACAGAAACCUGAUUUAGACGCUCUAAGAAUCCAGUUGAAAAAAACCAGUGUAACAUUGAAUCGAAUAAGGUUUGUGCACACUAGACGUAAUCCGUAUGCGUUUGUAAUUAUAAUUGUAGCUUUAUUGUGUACAUACCUUGAGUAAUAUCAAUUUAUUAUAAUUGUUUCUCUUAAGUAAAAAUCAUUGAUGACAAUAAUGAGUCAAUCAUUUGUGUCAUAUGAGUUGUUUUUUUUAAUAACUAAUUAAUAAUUAUAAGUUUAAGAUUCCAAACACGGGUGAUUGUAAUAGAGAACGAGAUUUCAAGUAACUUUUUAUUUAUUAAUUUUUUUUUUCGUUAUUUGGAAAGUAAAGCACUUUUGAAAUAUUUAAAUAUGAACAUAUAAAAAUACAAUAAAUUAUCAACUCAGUAUUAAAACUAGCUUUGUAAUGUUUGAUGCCAUUUUACACGAUUAAAUAAAAUAUAAUGUACCAUAUUUUAAUAAACCUAUAUCUGUUUUUCUUUUUGUAAUCAACGAGUUUUAAAAGAUCGAUUGUCGUAAAUUCUAUUUUAAAGGCAUACGAAUAAGUUACAUAUUACUAUUUAAAUAUGAUAUGAUAUAAAAAAAAAUACCUACAAUGUACAAUGUACACAAAUCGAUCCACGAAUAACGCUCUUAUGUACGAAUGUAAUAUGAGGAAUUAAUAUAUAAAAAUAAUAAUUAAAUAAAACGGAUUGGUGCUUUCAGUAUUAGUUAAGCAGUUUGAUAAAUUCUAUAUGUGACGAACAUUACUUGUGAAGAAUAUUGGACUAGUGCACGUUUCACAUUGAUAAUAUCUUUCUUUAAUAUCUUUUUUUUUUUUAAAUGGCUAUGACGUCCUAUUACUACUAAUCACUGAAUUUGUAACAAUGGUUGAUGUUGCGUUAAAAUAUUUUUUGAUUCCGCUAUAUAUUUUUUUUGUUGUUGUCGUAAUGAAAAGUUGUUUGAAAUGACAGUGUUACGACACAAACGCGAGUUAGAUCUUAUGUCUCGAGCUGGACGGUGGCUUUUACGUCUAUGGUCAGUCCGGGAUCCCUUGAUCUAUAUUUUACAAAAAAAUUGAAACGAACACAAUCGAUACUUAUUUCAUAGUGCGUAAAGCUCAAUUGUUCACGAGUUUCCCUCCGUCAAUCAUUGUCGCGUUGUAAUUCGAUUUAUAAAGUACAAAGUGUACAAUAUAACACGUUCAACGCAUUCUUACUACGAUUUUGAUGUUUAACGACUUUAACGGUUCUCGAUAUGUAUUCGGCAAAUCUGUCGAUAGCGAUGAGGGUAUAUUGUCGGGCGAGUUAUCGAGUUCCAGUGGUAACAUUUAAAAACUGAAUAGUUAGAGGGUAGACAGAUUUAUCUGCUCUUAACAAUCUACCCGCAAUCUUCGACUUGCACGUGACCACGGCGCUCGCAAUAUCGAAAGGUCGAUAAAUUUAAAAAUCGUAGUAAGAACCCGUUCAAUCGUUUAAAUAGUUUAAUACGUAUCGAUAUAAAAUGAACAUUUACAAUAGGCUCCGUGUUCAGUUGUUUUAACGUGCCACGCAAUGAGGGAGGGUCAAUGAAUUAAAAAAAUAAUAUUAAUAUCGAUAUUUUACAAAUCGCGCCACCCCAUGUUGUGUCACCACAGGUGUGUUCGGUCGGAGGUUGAGCGAAAUCGAUUUUGUACUAUUUUAUAUUUAAUCAAUGUUUUUAGUCUUAAAUUAACAUCAUCUAUUUCGAUUAUUGAUUAUGUACAUAAGUUGUUUUUUUUUGUCCAUUAACUUAAUACGAUGAAAAUCUUCUAAAAGGAUUUCACUAGUUUAUCGACAUUGAGGUAUAUUAUUUACGCGGCUUGCGUGUUUGUUGUUCAUACUGUGCGCGUUGGUGCUAGUUGGUGGCGCCUUAUGUGGCGACAGGGGUGAGGGGGCGGGUUGCCUACUGCUCGUAACGCACAUGACAUUAGACAGUGAUGACUAAAUAAAAUAAAUAAAUGAAUAAAAAUCAAUUGAACUUUUAGAAGUUUAUAUUGUACCUAUCUAAUUAUAUUGUAAUUAAUAGUAAAAUAAACCAAAAACAAAUUAAGUAUAUGAAAUUAUUCUGGCAUAUUUUAAUGAUAUAUGAAAUUAUUUAAUUAAUAUAUUCUUAUAUAAAAUUACUCGGAUAUAUCCACGGAAUCACUUGAUUCUGAACUCUGAACUUGAUUCAGAAUCAUCUUGUGAGUUUAUAAUGAUUUCGUCCAUCAUAGUAUCAAAUCUCAUAUCAGUAAUGACAGCAAGCGCCCCCUCCGGUGGUAGAUUCUGCGAAUCACUGCUUCUGCUAGUCAUUGUUAGCAACACUCCGGUUUGAGUCCCGUGAGCUCACCUACACUUUAGGGUGAAGCUGAAAUAGCCUCUCAAGGCUAUCAGCAUAGGGAAGGGAAAAAAAAAGCGCCCCCGGCCUCUCCGUCCCGCCGCUCACAUAGAAGGCGUGGCCAACUAGUUCCGCGCGCACAAUAGUGAGUGCGUCGCGUGCGCGUACUGCGAACGCAUCCGAAUCUAGUUUAGGUGAUUGCAGCGUUAUCUCGACCGAGUUUUGUUGACGGCGACGCUUUAAAUAAUAUUCAUUACUUUUUUUUGAAACUAGCUGACCCGGCAGACUUCGUAGUGCCUCAAUCGAUAAAUAAAAGACCUAAACUUUUGUAUAAAAUA